AUGGUAAUCAAUCUGGAAAUUGAUGGAAUACACCGGAUGGUUAAUUCUCUGGUUGUAAAAGAAAAACCAUUUGGGUUUGAUUUGAUUUUUGGAAUGAAUGCAAUUAAAAAAUUUGGAGGAGUUAUCAUUUAUGGUAAUAAAAACUGUAACGUCCGAAUGUUAGCAUGUGACAAAGCGAAAUGUGGUGCCGUUACUACGACGAGAAAAAACGAAAACGAAAUAAACGAAUUAAUAGUUUAUGUUAUUAAUACGACAAGAAAAAGCGAAAACGAAGUACAAAAAAUAAAAUGUGAUGUCAAAAAUACAACAAGAAAUGAAGAGAACGAAAGAAACGAAAUAAAACAUCAGGACUUCACAGCAAAGUUCGACGGAAAAAAAUGGACGGCAUCAUGGAACUGGAAUAAAGAGCCUGUAAUUGAUAAUACCAUUUGUGAAUACAAGAUGAACCAAGAGCACGAACGUAGUUACCGUAAAGAAAUACGUGAAUGGAUUGACUCUGGUAUUCUUGUACCAUAUAACGAACUAAUAUUAGGACCACCAAAAGUAUUGAUACCGCUUAUGUGCGUAGUGCAAGAAAACAAGGACAAAAAGGUACGUCCAGUGGGAGAUUUCCGAGCUCUCAACGAAUUUGUAAAUUGUCAUACGGCAAAUGCGGACGUUUGUCAAGAAAAACUGCGUUGCUCGAGAAAAAUAAAAAAUGCAAAAAUUCUCGAUCUUAAAAAAGCCUACCUCCAAAUUCAUAUUGAUAAAAAACUUUGGCCAUAUCAAACGGUGAUUAUAAAUGGGCAACGGUAUUGUUUUACCAGGAUGUGUUUUGGCAUCAAUGUGGCUCCAACAAUAAUGACCACAAUUCUUCGGCAUGUGCUCAAUUCAAAUCCAACCGUAAAGAAAGCAUGUGAUAACUACAUUGAUGAUAUAUUUGUGGAUAAAAAUCUUGAACAAGGACGUGUCUUAGGAUUGAGAGUCGAAAGAAAUAAAAAUGGGGAACUGAUAUGGAAACAAGACAAUGUGGUACAAUUCGAAUCUUUAAAUGCAGUCACACGAUCACAGCUUUUCAGCCAGUUAGGCAAACUUAUUGGACAUUACCCAGUGGCAGGAAGUUUGCGUUUACAAGCUUCAUACAUCAAACGUUUAGCUGGAAAUAUACCUUGGUGUGAUUUUAUUUCUGAAGAUUGUAAAGAAAAACUGAAAGAGUUGCUUUACCGUGUGGAAAAAGAGGAUCCGGUUGGUGGAAAAUGGCUGGUACCAGUUAAUGGAAAAGCUAAGCUUUAUUGUGAUACAUCAUCUAUAGGACUUGGGGUAGUUCUGCUCAUUGGUGGAGUAGUUGUUGAAGACGCAGCAUGGCUACGGCCAGUGAGUGACUCACACCAUAUCAAUAUAAGUGAACUGGAUUCUAUACUUCGAGGACUAAACUUAGCUAGUAAGUGGGGCAUAAAAGAGUUAACAGUAUACAGUGAUAGCAAAAGCACCGUAGGAUGGUUAAACGCAGUUUUGAAGGAAGAAUAUCGCGUAAAAACUUGGGGAAUUUCUCAAUUGUUAGUACAAAGACGAUUGAAUACUAUUAAGGAAGUGGCAAAAGAUAUUCAGAUCGCAGUACAAUGGAUUCCAUCUGAGAUAAAUUUGGCUGAUCGACUCUCACGAAUCCCUCAAAAAUGGUGCAGAGCAGUGUGUGCAGCUGGAUUACUUGAACAAAAAGACAUAUGGAAAACUCAUUCAAUUGGUCAUCUUGGUGUUGCUCGAACAUUACAACUUUGCUUGCAAAAUAAUCAAAAUGUAUCACGUAAGGAGGUUUCAGCAGUAAUUGCGAAUUGUAACCAGUGUAACUCCAUUGAUCCUUACUCCGUAAAGUGGAAGAAUGGCCAACUAAGCGUAGAAAAAAAUUGGAAUCGGGUUGCCAUUGACGUGACGCAUGUAGAUGCUGAACUGUACUUAUCAAUGAUUGACUGUGGUCCAUCACGGUAUACAAUAUGA